AUGGGCUGCUGUGUCUUGUUGAUCGAAUUUGAUUCCUUUUUCAGAAGAGAGACGGAGGUCACUGAAGAAUUCGUGAAUCAAAUUAGUAAUAGACUGGAACUAUACUUGAAAAGGAGAAUCCGACACCUAAUUGGGAUGGAAGAUUCUAUUUAUACCAUCAGUUCUUGGUUAAGAAGAGCAUCUUAUGAAGCUGCUGAAAUUCUCACAAUAUGUGGAAUGCCUGGGAUUGGAAAAACAACAUUUGCUAAGCAGAUGUAUAUGCCGCACUACCAUGAAUUUGAAAGAAAUAGCUUUGUUAAAGGCAUAGGAAGAAGAUGUGCACAACAGACAUGUUUGCUACUAGAUUUGCAAAAACACCUUCUUGGAGACAUUCUCAAGAAAAGAAAGAUUGAAGAAAAUAAUGCAGAAUUUUGCACAUCUAAGGUCGAAAAGGCAUUGACUAGGAAAAAGACACUUUUGACACUUUUGGUGCUUGAUGAUGUUGAUAACUUUGAGCAACAGAAUGUGUUGAUUGGAACAAAAUGUUUUCAUCCCGGAAGCAAGAUUAUAUUAACAACCAAAGAUGGGUCCUAA